CUGAAACUCUCACACCGGAAUAACCUAACCCGCUUACCAGCUACAGCACACACGAUAUUGCUGUUUGGCAACAAGAGUGGAAAUAGCAAUUCCGCUACUUAGAAAACCAAAUUCCCUUUCUUAAAUCGUUACUUUUCUCUCUCUCUCUCUCUCUCUCUUCGAGGGUUUCUCUUCUCCCUUGAAGAAGAACUACAACAACCAAGGAACCAAAAGCCCCUUUGUGCUUUUUGAGGUGCAUCAAUCAUGUUUGGGCGUGGACAAAAGAAGAGUGAUAGCACCAAAUAUUAUGAUGUUCUUGGUGUUUCAAAAAGUGCUAGUGAAGAUGAAAUCAAGAAGGCUUAUAGGAAGGCAGCAAUGAAGAACCAUCCAGAUAAGGGUGGAGAUCCUGAGAAGUUCAAGGAGUUAAGCCAAGCAUAUGAAGUUUUAAGUGAUGCUGAAAAGAGGGAAAUGUAUGACCAAUAUGGUGAAGAUGCCCUUAAAGAAGGGAUGGGGGGAGGGGGCUCAUUUAAUAAUCCAUUUGAUAUAUUUGAAUCAUUUUUUGGUGGUGGAGCAGGCUUUGCUGGUGGUAGUUCACGAGGUAGAAGACAGAAGCAUGGUGAAGAUGUGGUGCAUUCUCUUAAGGUUUCCUUGGAGGACGUGUAUAAUGGCACAACAAAAAAACUAUCUCUUUCUAGAAAUGUGUUAUGCUCAAAAUGUAAAGGGAAAGGUUCAAAAAGUGGAACAGCUGGUAGGUGUUUUGGAUGCCAAGGCACAGGUAUGAAGAUUACAAGAAGGCAGAUUGGAAUGGGCAUGAUUCAACAAAUGCAACACGUCUGUCCUGAAUGCAGAGGAACUGGUGAGGUCAUUAGUGAAAGAGAUCGAUGCCCUCAGUGCAAGGGAAACAAGGUUAGCCAGGAAAAGAAGGUGCUGGAGGUGAAUGUUGAGAAGGGGAUGCAGCAGGGUCAGAAGAUUGUGUUUGAAGGACAAGCUGAUGAAGCUCCUGACACAAUCACAGGAGACAUUGUUUUUGUCGUACAAGUAAAGGAGCACCCAAGGUUCAGGAGGGAGCACGAUGAUCUCUAUAUUGAUCAGAAUCUCACCUUAAGUGAGGCACUUUGUGGCUUCCAGUUUGCUGUCACCCAUCUUGACGGGAGGCAACUAUUGAUCAAAUCAAAUCCUGGGGAAGUUAUCAGGCCAGGUCAACAUAAAGCAAUAAACGAUGAGGGAAUGCCACAGCACAAUAGGCCCUUCAUUAAGGGGCGCCUUUUCAUCAAGUUUAAUGUUGAUUUUCCAGAUUCAGGGUUCCUUUCCCCUGAUCAGUGCCAGUUAUUAGAAAAGGAAUUACCUCAGAAGACCAGCAACCAUUUGUCAGAUAUGGAGCUGGAUAAUUGUGAGGAAACCACUUUGCAUGAUGUCAACAUUAAGGAGGAGAUGAGACGAAAGAAGCAACAGCAAUACCAAGAGGCAUAUGAUGAAGAUGAUGACGAGCCAUCCAUGCCACGAGUACAAUGUGCUCAACAAUAGUGCAUUUUAUGCUUGAGGUGCUUCGUCUAUAAUGUUCUGCAUGGUUACUUGCAUAAUGCAGUUAUAACUGCAUCUUUAUUUACCUUUAGGUUUUAUCUGGUAAUAUUAUUUAUUUUACAGUUAUUUGCAGAUUUCUUCGGUUGUUUUGAAUAUUGUUGUGAUAUUUAGUAUAUGAAAAUGAAAUGCUUUUGUUUAAAGGUGUAAUAUC